GUUAACUUGCGGGAGAAAAUACACCAGUCUGGAAGGAGGAGAAAAAAAAUAAUAAAAAAUAAAACAAGCAGAACGAAGAAUUUGGACCGCGAUCGGCCGGGAGCGUGCGCGAGUGUGUGAGGAGGAGCUGGUCGAUUAACAAGAAACGAACCUGCUUCUCGCUGGCUGAGAGGAAGAGCUGCAAGGAGAGAGAGAAGGAAAGAAAGAAUGGAUAACACCGCGAAGAGCCUCAUUUGCUUGCUCUCGCUCGCGGUCCUCAUCGCCGUCGUCGAUGGUGCCGCCACCCCGAGCACCCCGAAGGCCGUCCUGGGCAAAGAUGGCGCGAUGCGCAUCUACCGGCUGGAGAUCGAGAACGAGCAGGACGUUUCGAAGCUGAACUUUCCCAACCACGAGGAGGUGAUCCUGAACUCACCGCGCAUCAGCGUGCUCAGCGUGCAGAUGCUGCUCCAGCUGCGCUCGGUCAAGACGUUCUGGAUCCAGAACGGAACCGUUCCGGUGGCGCACGUGACGCCGCAGAUUCGGAAGAUGGUCAUCAGGAAUUGCAGCACGAGCGAUGUGAUUAUCGAUCCGAGGGGCGAGUACGAGAUGAAGCACUUUACGUUGAUUUACGGCGAGUUGAAGGCACUGCCGCCGAACUUGAACUCGAUGAAGAAGCUGGAGAAGCUGUCGUUGAACGAGAACAAGAUCGAGUACGUGAAUUUGGCGGAUUUGGCUGGGUUGAAGAACUUGAAGGAGUUGAGUUUGUUGAGGAACAAGAUCUUCCAGAUUCAUGCGCCAGCGCUGCAGAUUGCGGAUUUCCCGAAUUUGGAGAAGCUGAACGCUGGAUCGAACAGGUUGACGGGGAUCGACUUUGAACGGUGGAAUGCUCCCUCGCUGAGGGUGGUCUACCUGCAGCGGAAUCAGCUGGCCGCCGUGCUGUCCCUUCCGGGAGCGCUGCCAGCGCUGGUUGAAGUGAGUCUGUACGAGAAUCCUCUGAGUUGUGAGUGGUACAAUUUGGCCAAGCGAGAGCUGAAGGUGAGGAAGGUCAAGAUUCUGAACAAGGACCAGACGGUGUGCGAAGAAACGGACGAAGCGCUGGACGAUCUUGUGACCAAGACCAGGCUGCAGGACACGUUCGUGACGAUCCAGCUGAUGAACCACAUGAACUCGGAGAUGAUGACAAGCUCGAAGAUCGGUUCGGUUGAGCUGCAGGGAAAGGUCAGUGACUCGAUGGGAAAGGUUAAGCUGCUGGAGAACCAGCAAAGGAUCUUGCAGCUGUCGAUGAACAACUCGGUGAUCUCGAUUCAGAACCUGCAAAGCAGAAACGACAUCUUGGGCAAGGCACUGGAGAUUCUCAAAAGCAAGAACGACUACCUGAGCACCGCACUCAAGACGACGAGCGAAGACAUCUCAAAAGAAGUUCAGCAACUGCGAACGGACAACGCCGUACUGCAAGUUCGAGACAAAAGCUUCGAGAAAUCGAUAGAUUUGCUGCAGAAAAACACGGUUGAACUCCAGAAGGACGACAAGCGGCUUGAGAAGGCAAUCUUAGCUCUGCGAAGCGACAACCAAGCCAUCAAGGCCGACAUCCAGAAGCGACUGAACGUAACCAACGGAAACUUCUCGGCGGAAAUCCGGCAACUGAAGCAGGAAAGUGCAACCUUCAUGAUGAAGGACAAAGCGCUCGAGCAGAUGCUGGAAAGUCUGCAGAAAGGUGCCGCUGAUCUGCAGAAGGGCGAGAAACGGUUCGAGAAAUCGCUGGAAGUGUUGCGCUCGGAGAAUGUAUGGUUAAAGGAGAAGCUCAACGAUACGGUGGCGAACGUGACGGGGGAAUUGUCGGAACUGUGGGAGCAGAGUGACGGUCUGCAGAAUCUGUGGCAGACGUCGCUAGCGAAACUUCAGAACGAUAGUGCGGAACUGCGGAAGGAGGACAAGAAGCUGGCAAAAUCGCUGGAGCUGAUUCAGGAAUCGAACGAAGCGACGAAGAAGGAAGUACACACUCAGCUCACCAAGGCCGGGGUGAACUUUUCGGCGAUGGUUCAGCAACUACGGAAGGAGAGUGAAGAUUCGCAGGAGAGUGUGCGGAGGUCGUUGGAGAAGCUGGAGAAGGAGAAUGCGGAACUGAGGGGAUUGGAGAACUCGCUGAUGAAGAUUCAAAACGAGAACGAGCAGCUCCGAACGUCGAUGCAGAACCACCUGAGUGCGGCUACCGGAAACGUCUCAACCGACAUCAUGCAGCUGUUUGAGGAAACUGGCUUCAUGAAGACGCAGAUAAAGGAGACAACUGACAAGGCGGACAACUUGAUGAUUUCGCUGACCAUGCUCGGAAGUGAAACCACGGAAGUUCGCAACGAAAACGCCAAAUUGGUCAAGAAUUUGGCCAAGCUGCAAGAGGAGAACGAAGCCACCAAGACGAACAUGCAGAGCUUGCUGAACAUCACAACGGAUCACUUCUCGGCCAUCAUGCAGCAACUGCAGAUGGAAAGCGAAGGUCUGCAGAACAGCCUGCAGGAAUCGCUGGAAAAACUUCAAACCGACAACAUGGAUCUACAGAACGCCAACGAAGGACUCGGCAAAACCAUCCUCCAACUCCAAACUGAAAACAAAGAAUCCCAAAACAACCUGCACAUGCUGCUGAACGUAACGACGGAGAACUUCUCCGUAGCAUUCCAGCAACUGCACGAAGAGAACGAAGGCCUCGAGAAGUCGCUAGCCAUCCUGCAAGAUCAAAACCUCGACCUAAAGCGGUGGAACGAAAACCUGGAAAAGUCCGUCAAGCAACUCCAGCGCGAAAACGAAGCCAUGCGGAACUCGAUGCAGCAACUCCAAAUGCAAACGGCACAACAGAUGACCAAAACGGCAACACAGUCCAACAACCAAGCCGCACUCCUAACCGACAAGCUCGUCGACCAGCUUAGGAAGGAAAACGCCGCACUGGAAGCGAAACUAAAGCAAAGCAACGAAAAGUCAGCGGAGGAGAUUGCCCAGCUGCACAAGCGCAUGGACGAGUUCCUGAAGGCGAACAUGGUUGCUGGGAUUGCUGCGAGCAUGAUGGACGGAGGGAUGAACGCGAUGAUGAACUCGGUGGCGAUGAACGCCGCGGCGAGUCCGGAGAUGAACGUCAAGGAGGUGGAUUCUGCAGCGAAGACGGUUGAGGAAAGUUCGACCAAGGGCGUCAGCGUCGAGGCUGGAACGGAAGCUGCGCAAACGGGGGAAACGGCGGAGAAGAAGGCGUAGCUGAGAAUGAGUCUGUUUGGUUAGAGUAAUUUUAGGUGGUAAAUAUAGAAUUAAUUUAAAUAAAA